UUUUUCCUGUUUGUUUUUAUUCCAUUUAAUGUCUCAAUUUCCUGUCAUGAGUUUUGUCCUGUCCAAUUCUUUACUUGUCUAAGAGCCCAUUAAUCUGAACAUAUCGUCAAACUCAGUCUACCUCACAGCCAAGCUGACUAAGUAUCACACACACUCACCUGGCUUAUCUUUUUAUCUGGUGUCUGCUGUGCUUACAUCUGUCCGUGUCAGGUUUUACCUCUCGGUCCAUCUGUGCCUCACCCUGUACUCCUCUGCAGCUUUAACUGCAAUUCAAUUCAUCAAAGCUGUGAAACUCGUCUCCACUGCUUGUGUCUUGUGCCCCGCUUCAAAGCCUCAUUCUGCACAUGCUUUCAACUGGCUCUGUGCUUUAGAACACCAAUCAGGCCGAGGGUUAUCCCGGGGCAGUGGUUGGAUAUUUGGCCCACAUGCCGCUUUCUCCACACUUCAGUUUGCGUCAUACAAAUGAACCAGCUGACACGCAACACGCCAAGUCUUCUUGAACUUCACACAAAUUUGAGCACUGGAGGUGAUGUUGUUAAUUAUCCACAGCCUGGUGUCCAUCUGUGUUGUGUGUGUGUGUGUGUGUGUGUGUGUGUCUGUCACAAUGAGAGGCGAGAGACUGGAGGCUGGAUAAUCUGGGUUUACAGAUUAGAACAGCAGCGCUGAGGAGCAGGGGAGAGAGGGUGGAGGAGGAGGAGCUGAGAGGUGAGGCCAUGUGGACGCCACUGGACAAUGUCACUGCUCUGUCUUUAUGGAUGGAGAAAGAUGAAGAAAGAUGCUCUUAGAUGCUGCCAUCUUGCCUGAACAAUCUUUGAGAAGGACUGGUCUUUCUUACCUCUUAUUUUCCAAAUAAGGCACUCACCAUCGAUGUGCCUGCUUGUAAAAGCAGGAUGGUUUCCUGACUUUUUUUCUCGAUCCUCUUUUUGCCCAAUUUGUGGUGGAUGCCUCUGGGCCAUUUCAAAGGACAAAAACAUGCUCAGACCACAGGUAUUUCCAAUAAGGCACUGCCCUUUGUUUUUGAAACCUUAUUUUUGCGUCUUCGGAGUAUUCUCGAAAUUGCUUGCGGUCAGUCUUGGGGUCCUGUUCUUGCAAGCUGCCAGGGUGUCCACCAGACAGCCAACUGACAGUCAUGCACAAUAUGCUUUUUUUGCAGGAUAAUAGUCUUAUGCUGCAAUAGGAAUAUUUGUUCUGGAGUUAAAUCUUGUAAUCUAACACUGUGCAUAGCCUUCCUUUGUCAGGCAAAUGGAUGCAAGUCAAUAGUAUCCCCAGAGAGUGGGAGAAGAGGGACAAAAACAGUAGGAGGAGAUUGAGGAGGAGACAGGGGGGGAUUGGGUCCCCCGUGGGUUGCAAACCUCUGUCCUAUCUUUCUGUUAAGAGAGGGGGAGGCCUAUUGAGGGUUUGGGAGUAAGGGGGAGUCCUUUUACUCACACACACCCUUUAGAGUCACCCCACAACCUCAAGUUGAGGGUCCAGGGGGAGAAGGAGAGAGAGAGGCCCGCUCAAGAAAGAGGAGGAGUUGGGCGCUAGAGUCCUGGAUAGAGCAGGCAAGGGUGGGUGGUGUGUUUGUGUGUAGGUAGGGGGGUUAGGUCUUAGCUGGUGAUGAUCACAUACGUGCACUGCCUCUCCACGGAGCCGGUGGUCAGCUGCUGGCACAGAGCCUGCUAUGAGGACCCCCGCAGUGAGAAGAGAACUCUGUGCUCCUUUAAGCCCGCCAGCAAGAUGGGGAACAGCCUCCAGUCCGAGGCCUUCCCCGGCUCCAGGCCCGCCAGGCCAGAGGGCUGCCUGCGCAAACGUCUGCUCUCAGUGUCAAAGGUCCACCAGAAGCAGGACUCUCUCUGGACACCCAAACCACUGCUCGGACCCAAGGCCAAAGGCUUACCUGGAAAAAUGCAAACCUACCAAGAUGGCAAAGCGGUGUCUAACCUUGAUGAGGAGAGCAAGUGGACGGUUCAUUACACAGCCCCGUGGCACCAGCAGGAGAACGUCUUCCUACCAGGCAGCAGGCCGCCCUGCGUAGAAGACCUCCACCGCCAAGCCAAAGUUAACCUCAAGACUGCCCUGCGAGAAUGUGACAAGUUGAGGAAAGACGGUUUCCGGAGCUCCCAGUACUACUCACAGGGUCCCACCUUUUCUGACCCGAGUCAGUCCACAGGCAGCCUGCAGGAUGAGGAGGAGGAGGACGAAACUGACAAGAAGUCCACAGCUUCAUCAGUGGAGGAUGACAAAUCCCAGGUCUCCAUGAGGCCUCAGACCCCACAGGGAGGGGGCGAAGGAAGGGAGGGGUCUGAGGUUGACGGACAGGUGAUAUGGAACAAAGGCGCACCCCUCCCCACCCCGGAGGAAAAGAUGAGGCAGGCAGCCAAGGCCGUGCCUACAGACAUAGUUGCCAUCAAUGUCACAGGGGCAGUGUUUGACCGACAGGCGACUAUCCGGCGCUCCCUCAUUAACACUGACACCGUGUCCCGUCGGCCCAAGAAGGUCAAACGCAGAAAGACUAUAUCAGGGCUGCCUGAAAACUUCAACCUGGAGCUAGCAGCAAAAGGACGUGGCGGAGAGCUCCGACCUCAUUCCAUGUUCAUUCCGGGACAGUACUCCACUUUGGGCCGUGUGGGGAGCGUCAACUCAAUGCUCCGACGUUCAGAGACCAGAGACUCAGGCUGCCAGACAGAAGAAAUAAAGGUUGUACCCCCAUCCAUGAGAAGAAUUCGGGCACAGAGAGGACAGGGAAUCGCGGCUCAGAUGGCCGGCAUUUCUACUUCCUCCUCAACCGGAAGUAUAUCUAUCUCCAGCAGUGACAGCUCUGGGAUCUUGAUGCUGCCCAAUCAGUUUAACGGAGACCUUUCCCGUUUCCACAGUCUGCCUCGACAGGGCGCCAGGGUGUCCCUCAGCGCUGAUCCUAUCUAUAGCAGCACCCCCAUCAAGUCAGAGGGGCAAACAACGCCCCAGAGGCAGAUUGGAAAGCUUCAGGUUGAUGAUACAGUGGUGCACAUGAGAAACGCCCCAAGGACAGGAACCCUGACCAGGCCCAAGUCCCAGGAAGUGAGGGGGACACAGUCCAGUGAGUGGGGUGGUGGUCCAGCUUGUGUGGUGUCGCCACAUGCUGCCUAUUCCACCUCAGUCAUCCCCAAUGCCACCCUGUUGAGCUCCACUGAGGUCAUAGCCCUCAACACCUCCAGUCCCCUCUCCCACUCCCCAGCCUCAGUUUAUGCCACAGCCCGGCCGCUCAGUCUGGCUCCUUCCUCCAACGCUGGUCUUCUGCUCUCCAGUCCGACAACCUUCACCCACAGCUCCACCUUCCCAGCGUUGGCCACAUCUACCCUGUCUCAUACACCACAGGGGGGCGGUCUGGUCGUCUCAGCGCCCGCUAGUGAGUCGGGGCACUCGGACAGUAGCAUGCACAGCCACAGCACCUUGGCCCCCACACCUCCAUCCUGUCUGCCGGAGGAGCAGUGGAUCUACGACACACCAGAAAACGUGGUGCUCCCUCAUCGCACGCUGACCUCCAGCUGCUCCACUCCCAUCAACCAGCUGUAUAGCAGCCUGGACCUGUCCUCCAGGACCACUACUGAUUCCAGCUCCGUUUACUCCCAGGACAAUGACGGCUACUUCACCUCCAUGCACCUGGACUCUGGCCUGCGCUCUCGCAGCCACGGCAGCGGGCACGGGGCAGCAGCUGGACGGGCCACCAGACACAGCAUGUACGAGUGCCGUGAGAUGGCCAAUCAGGAAGACUCUGGAAGCUUGUACAGUGACCGCUCUCUAUCGCGCAGCAUCUCCCUCCGCAAGGCCAAGAAGCCUCCGCUGCCCCCGGCCCGUACAGACUCUCUGAGACGAAAGCCUGGUGCGAAAAAGCCGCUCGGAGCCGUCAGUGCCAUCAGUGGUGCUAACGAACCGAACGGCGGCAUGUUGAACGAGACUCUGAUUGCCAGUUUGCAGCAGAGCCUACAGAUGGGGCUGAGGGGAGGGAAAGGAAAGGGCGCAUCACCGUCGUCACCCUCUCACAGCCCAAGCAGCGACUACGAUGACCCCUGGGUUCUGCGGCCGCGCAGUCACAGCAGCAUCAGUGCAGGCAGCUCUGCAGCAUCACUCGCAGCUAAUGCAAACUGUGGCGGUGUGUCCAACGUCUACUCCCUUUGCCACGUGACGCCCGCUCACAGCGACACCAGCAGCUUGCGUUCGGACUAUGCAGAUUCCUGGGGUUAUUACAUGGACUAUCCUCGUAACCAUGGAGACCAGAGGGCGCAGACCCCUCCAGCCACAGAUAACAUGCCAGCUGGGGCUCACAGGGGUGAACUGCAGGACGGAGGUGAGAUUCACAGCAACAGCCAGGCGCCUGGGGCUCCAGGGAAGGAGCGAGGGGUGGCUGUGAAGCCCAAAACGUCAGCCUCCUCUCCGGAUAGGGUGCACAGACUGACCUCCCCGUCUAGCGGCUACUCCAGCCAGUCCAACACGCCCACGGCUGGAACCCCGGUGCCGUCAUUAGUCAGGUCCAUGUCUCCCUCUGGCCGGCCAAAGCCAAAAGUGCCCGAGAGGAAGUCAUCUCUCCUCUCCUCUGUAUCCAUGUCCUCCUCUUCCACCUCCCUCUCCUCCAACACCUCGGACUCACUGAAGAGCUCAGGUCCUUCACCCCUACCCCUCUCCUCCUCAGCUCCCAACACCCCUCUCAGCCCACCUCCACCCUUCCCAGCCCCUCUUCCACCAAGUGCGACCGCAGGUUCCACCACCCCUCCACCAGCUCCCCCGUUACCAACCACUCCACGGGGAACCUCUCUGACCCCGCUCCCUGCUUGUUCCACCUCCCCAGAAUUUCCCCCUCCUCCAUCCCCUGAAACACUAAUCCACCCCAGUUUGUCCUACAAUGGGAGCUUCAGUCCUCCCCCGCCUCCUCCUCCGAUGCCCUCCUGUGGACCCCCUCCACCUCCUCCACUGCCUACUUUUGUUCCACCUUCCUCCUACCCAUCCCUCGUGAAGGCAGUGAAGGAUGCUGCUAAACCAGCUACUCCCGACAGCCCUAAGCCUCUGAUUACCCCGUUUGCACUUCAGAGUGUUCAGCUACGGUCAAUCAAGAGGCCAGAGAAGGAUAUUAAUGGCAAAUCAGACCACGUCACAGCUCAGGAAACAUGGGCGGACCUCCCUCGGAGUCUACAGUCCCAGAAGCUGGAGAGAUCUCACUCCCAGCUGCAUUCUACUGUGUUACCCGUGUUUAACAGCUCCCCAGAAGAAGAUUUCCGCAAUUCCUCACCAUCGCCUGUGUCAAAGCUCUUAGAAGAGUUGUCAUUUGACUGCAGCGACACAGAUGAGACACCAGACAGUGCCGUCUCAAACGGGAAAGCUGCGGAUCAGAGUUACACUCUUUCAAGCGGAAAAGAUUAUGAUGAAGAGCAGGAAUCACUGCCAAGUCCCCCACAGAUGUCCCGGAGCUCCCCCGUCAAACAGAAGCCCCCAGCUGUCUCCAAGAAACCCAAACUCUCUUUUCUCCCACCAUUUAGCACCAAACUAAUCGACGAACAGGUUCCAGCUCAGACUAUAACCAGCCUGUCCCAAACAGAAGACCAAGUGGAUGCUCUGCAGGGACAGACAAAGAAAGAGGAGAGAGAGGAGGAGAGCCAGCAACAGGAGGAGAUUUCAGAGCCAUUAGCUGGGAGCAGUGAAGCAUCCACUGAAAUCCAGGACGAGUCCAGAAUCUCUACUCCUGUCUGCCAGGAGACGAGUCUGGACAACGGACCGUGUAGCAAUGGAGAGGCCUACGAUGAGGAAGACGAGGACGGUGAUGGAACGAGCAGCACGACUGGAUCCAUCAGCUCCAAGGAGGACGACGCAGGUGAAGUGUUCGACUCCAGGACGGCUGAAUCGUCUCCGGCCCCGUCAGCCAACGGGGCGUCCGAGCAGAACAUGGUGACCCCCUCUCCCACGCGGCCCAGAACCACCGAGGACCUCUUUGCCGCCAUUCACAGAGAGGGCAUGCAGCGGGUGGGUGCGUCCUUUCUAGAGAGGUCAAAGCGCAAGAUCCUGGGUCGCAAGGAGUCUGACGAGGACAAGUCCCGAGCUGGGAGCCAGCCACAGUCUCCGCCCGCCACCCCUACGGCCACGUCCCCGGGGGCGGCGUCCUCUCUGGCGCGGCAGUCGGGCUCCAUCCAACGCAACCUCCGCAAGUCGGCCACCAGCAGCGACACCUUCAAGGCCCUUCUCCUCAAGAAGGGCAGCCGCUCGGAGACCAGCUUCAGGAUGUCCGCUACCGAGAUGCUCCGCUCCACCGACCCUCGCUUCCAGCGAACGCGGUCCGAGUCGGAGUUGGACUCCCCCGCUGCUUCGCCCUCCCCGCCGACCACCCCGCACAGCCCCUGCGCCUCCCCCGGCCGCAGUAAACGGGCGACAGACGAGUGGAGCCGCUACGAGGCCUUGGCUCUGUCCUCGCCGACUUCGCCGUCCUUUUCAAUGAGCGGGUUUAGGUACGGGCGCUCUCGCACGCCGCCCUCGGCCGCCAGCAGCAAGUACAAUGCGCGCUGCCGAAUCCUCAGCAGCCCAAUGACAGUAAUCUGCGAACGUGAGGGGGAGUUGGCCGAGAGCGAAUACGGGGACACUGCAGAAACUCUGUCUGGAGCCGCCAUCCACGCUCGCCCCUUGCUCAAAGGCUCCAACGGCACUUUAUCUGGAGAGAGCAGCAGUUAGAGAGCGAGGAACUGCCCCGUCGAUUCAGGGAGCGGAACUCAUUCGUCGUAACCAGGUAGGGGGCAGGGGCCAAUAGGACGGCCCUCUAGACACACCCUCCUCCAGCCCCGCCUCCUCCACACUGCCUCUGAGGGAGUGGACAUGUCAGGCCCUGGUGUGAGGUCAGAGGUCGCCCCACCACCGCUCCGAGCUGACCUUGAUCUGAGGUGGAGAAAUGUUAGUGCUGCAGCUUUUCCCAUGAUUCUCCUCCUCUCCUCCGUUUGGUGACUCACCCUCUGUGUUAAAAGAAUUGUGUUUCUUUUACGCCUGGUGUUCUUAGUUUGUUUUCUAUUUGUUUUAUUUUUCAUUUUAACUUCACCCUGUCCUUUAACAUGCAGGAGUCCGCUAGUUUCUGUUAAAGACAAGAUUCAGAUGGCAAACUAAAGGUGAACAGAAGGAAUUGAGAAGUCACAAGUUGUUUUAUUAACUUCGCUGCUGUGGUGCUAUUGUAGCUAGGCAGUUGGAAAGAGUGGAAUGUAAAGAUGCGCCUCUGCUUCUCUCCCGUUGGCUCUGGAAAAGUGUGUGACAGCACCGCGGCCUGCGAACGUCGGAUUCAAACAGCCGGUCCUGUCAUGGAAAGAGCUGGAGGUGGUACAACACGCAGCUCCGCAGUACAACUUCAGUCGCAGUUGGCGCCAGGUUUUUGCUUCAGGCUCUUACGGUUCAGUGGUUUUAGUUUGCAGAGUUCGGGUGUUUUUCAAAAAAAUGGUCAGCGGAAAGUGCUGAGGGCGUAGUGCUGCCACCUAGUGACGGGCAGGAAGUCGACAACGGUUGCUGAUACAAAGCCUCAACCAAAACGGCUAAUUUACACAGACUCAUAAGACCUCUAUCAAUUGACUUUAGUUUGUAGAUUUUUUUUUUUUGCACUGUCCAUAGGUCUCUUCUUUGUUUGUGACUUUAAGAAGUAUGUUUUAAAGAUUGCUUUUAAUAAACAAGUGGUGUCAAGACUUGUGUUUGAGAGUUAAGAAUCAAUCUGUAGAUGGAAAAUCUAGAAAAGGACAUCGGUGGCGACGCUGAUGAUGCUGUGCGGGUCGUGUCGGUUUACCAAAGAGCUGAAAGAAGGGAAGUGCAGCCGGCCGUUCAUUUGGACGCGAACACAAUCUGAGAGUGUGACACACAUAUACGGCCCGACCGUUCGCCGAGUCCCACUAGAACCUUUUAGGGCUUAAAAAUGAUUUCUGAAAUGCGGUUGACCCUUCUGCUAAGUCUCUCCCUUUUCAGUUUUAUAUGUUUCUGUAUGUAAAUACAUAGAGAAAAGAGUUUUACAUAACAGUUUCACUUAUUUUCAGAAGUAUUUGUACUUUUUUUUUUGAGCCCUGUGUUUGCUGGAAGGGAGUGGGUUCCUCUUUGUAGAUUAUUUAUUUUCACACAGCAGGGUCGCAGUACAGUGAAGAGUCAACAAGCAGGACGAGCGGAGACGAGGGCCACAUUCACUACGCUGAUCCCACCAGGACAUUCAUUUCUUUAAAAAGAAAUAAAUGCAAUAAUGUCAAAUAUUUAUGCUUAAACCUUUUUCUGCCCCUUGAUCUUGAGUCAAAUCCCACACUGGUGCUCACGGCUGAGUGAACGUGCUGCUCUUUAGAGACGUGAACUGAGGUGACAGGCGUGAGACCUCGUAACCUCUUAACAGCCAUCACACCCUGUGGUUUAAUCACCUGUGACCAGAGAGUCUCCGGCUCCCGUCUGCCCAUGAUUGACCACUCCGAGGGGGCUCGGGGCUCGUCCCCCCCCCCGUGACAGGACACGUCUCAAUCGCAAAGAGCUUGUGAAAAAGUGGAGCUGAAGGCAGACUGCUGCUGAUGCUCUCGUGUAUGUCUGUGUAAUAAAAACAACAACGAAAAACAAGCUGAUAUUUAAA